AUGGGUAGCAUCGAUCCAACUUUUGAUCCCAUCCAGGAGGACCUGGACCAGGUCAUUGCUGCCGCUACUAGGUACAAGGAGCGAUUGUCUGAGGCAGACAGCCACGAUGCCAGAUAUGAUCUGAUGGCCAAGGCCGGUCGCCUCUACCAAACCAUUCGCGGACCCGCAGAUAUGGUGUUUUCUAAAUUUGAGGAUGCAGCGAAUAUGGGAGCGAUCCGAGCACUGCUUGAAGCGGGCGUCUUUCACGCCAUCCCCACCGGAGGGAAGAGUAUUUCGGCUAAGGAAAUUUCGGUGAAGACCGGCGUAGACCAAGAGGUUAUAGUGCGACUGAUGCGCGCGGUCACCCCGAUGGGACCAUUCCAAGAGACUGGGGAAGAAGAAUACGCCCACACACCAUUUUCAGAAAUCUACAUGGCACCUCAGAUGAUGGCGGUCUACAAGCUCAUGGCGGAUGAAUACUUCACACCCAUGCUGAGAAAUUAUGAAUUUCUACGCCAACAGAACUGGCAAAACAACUUCCGUCUGCGGAACAACCCUUAUACAUUUGUACACAACUGUGAAGGGGAAACUAUGUUCGAACACGUAUCAAAGUUCCCCGACCGCUUUACCACAUUCAAUGAGGCGAUGGUAGCUCAGGACUCGGGGCUCAUUGCAAUUGGUCUCUACCCGUUUGCGGAGGAAUUGAGCAAUUUGGCCAAGGAAAAUACGGCUACCAUUGUCGAUGUAGGAGGGGGGCGAGGUCAUAUUUUGCGUCAGAUCAAAGAAAGCGCUCCUAAGCUGAAGGGAAGGUUCAUACUCCAAGACCAGGCCAGCGUUAUCGCAGAUAAUGGAACAGAAACGCAGCCGUAUGGCAUUGAAGCCAUGCCACAUGAUUUCUUCCAGCCACAGCCAGUAAAAGGAGCAUUGGUCUACUAUAUCCGUCGCUGUCUCCAUGACUGGCCCGAUGAGCCAGAGUCAAAGCAGAUUCUGGAAAACUUGGCCGCAGCAAUGGAUCCCGAGAGGUCUCGGGUGUUGAUCACCGAAUAUAUCCUGCCGGAAGUUGGCUCCAACAUGUUUCAUGCUUGGAUGGACCACACUAUGAUGACAUUCGCUGGACGUGAACGCACAGAGAAAGACUGGGAGCGCCUACUAGAUAUAUCGGGCCUUAGGUUGGUCAAAGUAUGGAGAGCCCCAGGAAUACCGGUCGGUGUUGUUGAAGCUCGCUUGAAGUGA